UCAGGAAUCAAUGACGUAGUCCGCACCCUGAAAAUAAAUCCGUGGCAAAAUUGUCAAUCACAAUUAUUGCCACUAUGAUAGAAGUUAUAGCCCAGCUACAGAGAGGCUCUGUCUUUCUGGCAGGAGAGCACAUUGAAUGCACCCUCACAAUCAGAAACAUUGUUGGAGAAGAUAAUCAAGUGAAUAGAACUGAAACACUUGCAUGGAUGAGUGCACAGAUCCAUUGCCAGUGUUCAGUAAGUGAGGCUAGAGUAGGACUGGCAGAGACAUCUUUACUGACAACUGCUGAGGUUACUGCGGCAACUGGCAAUGACACAUCAUUUGUUCCAAGUAAAGGUGAAAGAGGUUACCCAGUGCUCUCAACUAAGCCAAAGAUAUUGUUCUGUGAUCUCAAACUGCAGACAGGGGAAAGCAAAUCAUAUACUUAUAAAGAGAAAAUCCCUUUAGAUGCCCCUCCAAGUUUUCGAGGUACUGCAGUGAAGUAUUCCUAUAAAAUAACAGUGGGCACACAAAGGCUAGACUCACCGAUUAAACUCCUACGAGUGCCUUUCAGGGUAUUAGUUGUAUGUGGCUUGAAUGACAUGAGUGUAUACAAUGAAUCUGAGGAGAUGGUUGGACCUUCUAAUCCAUUCCUGGCUUAUAGAAAACCUGAAAAUACAGUACUUGAUAUUGCUCUGCAGGUCUUGUCAAUGUUAACUGCCAGAAAGGGUCCAAAUUUUUACAACAUUACAAACACCCGGGGUAAAGUGGCACGGUUCUGUCUGUUCAAACAGGCAUAUAGGAUAGGAGAGGAUGUCAUUGGGGCGUUUGACUUUGAUCAGGGAACAAUUCCAUGUGUGCAAUAUUCAGUGACUUUACAAAGUGAAGAGCAGAUAUCUGAAGGAUGUCGAAAGAAAGGAACACAGGGCUCAACAAUAACAUCAUAUACCAAACAACAAGAGUGUUGCCUGCAUACAAUACAAACACAUAUCAGUGUACCUAUACCUUUAACUGCUAGUCCUGCAUUCCAAACAGAUAUAGUCAGCCUAAAGUGGAGACUCCAUUUUGAAUUUGUGACCAGUCUAAAGCCCAUAGAAGGGCCCGUUAUGUCAAAUGAGCCAUCAGAGGGCAGCACCUGGACAGGCCCAGAACACCUUGAUGUAGAGACUAUGGUAUGGGACUUACCUAUAAAAGUGUUUGCCACAAAUCCCUUAGCCGCCUCCAGUGUAUCAUUACUAAGGACAUGCAGUUCAAUAGCAUUAUGAUAGUUUGUGAAUGUGUGAAAAAAUGGUAUGGGAUCUGCGAUCAGAUUUAGUGGUGCUAAACAUUCAUUCAUUAAUUAAACUGAGUUUGACGGUCAUAUGGGUGUAGACAUGAUAUAAGGUACAUUUGGCAGGAAGGCGGUCUACCCCCUCUUGUCUUUCAUACCAUACAAUAUGUACCCUUCAA